AUGGAUAAUGAAAUAGUUACUAUCAUUGCACAUUGUAUAACUGGUUCACCUCUCCUGGUGUUUUCUUCUGUUACUAGUUGCAUCAUUAUUAGAAUAUUUGUUCUGUCACGAGUUUCAGAAAUUACAGCUUGGUAUAUCAAUAAGCCUUACAACCCAGGGCAGAUUAUACCAGAAAGAAGAUUUGUAGAAGCAAUAAAUCGUCAACCAUAUCAGUAUGAAAUGGGUCACUUUCCAACAGAAUGGGAAGCAUGGAUAAGAAAAAAAAGAGACGAUCCACCCACCAUUGAGGAGAUACUUAAGAAUGAAAAUUAUAGACAAGAAAUGAAACAGAAAAUCAAAGAUGCAUCCGAAAAGGAUAAGCUGCUUCAGGCCAAGGAAUACAAGGAGGGACUUGUUGCUGAACCAGUGCGUACUCAUGUCAAAGGCCAUGCAUCUGCCCCUUACUAUGGAAAGCAAGAGCCUUCGCAAGAUCCAACGAGCACUGCGAAUACCUUUCAGCCAGGUUCAUGGAUGCCACCAGGCAGUGGUAGUAGUCAAAAUAAAUAA